AUGGUUUGGGUAGAUAUCCAACACUUGUACAAGAGUGAACUGCAAGUCUAUGCUCAAAAACGAAAUCUUGGUUUUCCUGUGUACUCUUGUGAGCGGGAAGGUCCUCCACAUGCAAGUCGCUUCAAAUGUAGGGUAACAAUUGAGGGAAAGACAUAUGAGAGUUCGGAAUAUUUUCACACGUUGAAGGAGGCUGAACAUGCGGCUGCAAAAGUUGCUUUGAUUUCGUUAUCUCCUGAUUGUGUUCAAAAGGAUGAUUCUGCUUUCUACAAGAAUCUUUUGCAUCAACUGGUUCAGAAAGAAGGUUUGCAGUUACCGGCUUAUUACCCUAACCGAUCUGGUGAAGCUCAUUCUCCAGUUUUUGUUUCAAGUGUGGAGAUAGAAGGAGAGCAUUUCAUUGGAGAAGAAGCAAAAACCAAGAAACAGGCUGAGAUGAAUGCAGCAAAGGUUGCGUACAAUGCUUUGAAAGAGCGUAGAUCAAGUCAGAUUCCUCUCGUUAUGCCCUCCUCAUUUCAAGGACAAGAAGCUUCUAAGUUUUUAUCUUCUCCUGCACAAUCAAAUACUGCUGCUAAUUUGCUGCAACAUAUUAAACCCACUGCACCUGUGCAGCAAGCUAAGGAUCGCACAGGUGAAUAUGGUCCGUCUUCAUCUGAAAUUUUACAUGGCUCUAUACCGAAUGUAUUCCCUUCUGCUCCAUGCGAGUCCAGAAGAGAUUCGUCUUCAUCUUCACCUUCUCCUCCCAACUGCUCAACUAAUUUGGCUGCCAACUCGAGCUUUGAGCCGUCAUUCACUAGGAUUGACUUAUCCUCCUAUAAAAGGAUUGCCAUUUAUCCAGCAAACAAGCCAAUUCCUGAUGGCAGCACUUCGUUGCCCAUGCGUGAUGAUAAUUGGGUCGCCUUCGCUCCCCCGGAAGCCACAAGGUAGUCAAUAAUCACGCUUACAGAGCUUAUUCCUGUUGACUGUGGCCUUGUGUUUUUUGGGCUUGUGGCAGACUUCUUUCUCUCUGUUUUUUUUUUUCUUUAUUAUUGCGAGCUUGUGGCAGUUGGUCUAUGGGAAACAAUAUGCUUUAUCUAGUUUUUUGAUUCGUUA